AUAUCUUUUUUGAUGGUGACAUUCUGUUGCAAUUUUGCAGUUAAUUUUUUCCAGUUGCAGACAAAUACGCUGAGCUAACUCGUGAUUCUGGGAACAAUGUGACAUGACCCAUCUGUUAUGCCUGCACCGAUCAAACCUAGGAAAACAUGUCGUUUUCUAACUGCCUGCAACAACUUGAUAAAACGUCCCUUUAUAUGCACAUUUUGUAUCCUUGAUUAUCCGCCGUACCUCUCCCAUGUUAAUUCAACCACAGUGCUUAGUGGUCACUGCUCUAAUAUCCGGGCGAAAUUUCCCCGAACGACUAUCACACUACUUAGUCUGCGAAGCACGGUUCAACAAUGAAAUGCUCUCAACUGACCCAGUCCCUCACAGCAUCCAGCCUCAGUUGGAGCAGGAACUUGCUUGGCAGCUAGAUCGUUCCAGCUUGAGACAACAUCGGCUGCAACGCACUGCUUUGAAGAUGCAAUUCUUUGCAGUACACAGCCAGUCCCCUUUAAAAGAACCAGUGGGAUUUAUAAUGCUUGACCUGCGAUCCUGCUCUUUUCAAAAAGUUUAUCGUUGGUAUCGGUUGCUUCAUUCAAAAUACAAAAGAGCUCCAGAAGUUUAUUGUGGAAUCUAUUUGGAUGGAGUCGAUGACGCUUCGUUCUCGGGUCCGAAAGUAAUGACAGGUUUCGGGACAGCGAUCUCUUUGACCGAUUUGGUGCCUCAUCCUAUUCCUGAGGUUGAUGAACAUCCUACAGUCGUCAAACACCUUUCUGAUCGGAUACCAGUGCGUUACGCAAUUGGUCCCAGAUGUCUGGCGAAGGAUGAUUUUGUUUUGACAUUGAAGUUUAAAGAGAUCACUGGACUCGCCAGCUUGAUCCCACUUGAUCACGAACUAUCACCCGAAAAUCAGUCUGGAUUCUAUUUUUCCUUCAAUCUUCUGGGUUCUACUGCAUCACUUUCAAAGCGUUUUGACACCUUGACCCAAACAAAUUUUCUAUCUGAAGAACACACCUUCUUUUUGAGAUCAACGAUUGAUGUGCUUCGGGCGUACUUCUCCCACAUCAGUCCCCUAAAAGUGCAACUAUGUUACGGUAAUCGAUGUCUGGCCGAAGCUUUAGUACCUAUAGAGCAGAUGCUGCACACAAAUGCAUAUUCAUCUGAUGGCUUUGCCACGCUGGAGGAUAGCUUUGAGCUAGUUCCCACGGAUGCACCAACUAAUCUCGACAACCAGACUGUUUUCCACCAUGAUGAUCGGCCACGUGUAUCCCUCCGUUUGACACUGAAGCCCACGAUGACAUCAAAAAGUUACUUGCCAGUCGAGGAAAUGAACUCAUGCUGCCUCUCAUUGGUACAGAAACCAUCCAUGCGCACAGAGUCUUCGCAUGAAAUUAUUGCGGACAUGAUUUGUCAACGGGACAAUUCUCCAGUACAUAAAAACGAACCUGCCAAUUUUGUACAACUCAACACAGACAACCACAUCUCUUUGCCUGUCGAUUCGUCUACCAAUGCUUGUGGGACCGAGCAGCAACAUACCGAACAGAAUCUAGAACUGCGCCACUAUUGCUACACGGUAGAGUUGCGUAGCAUCAAAACCUCUCACCAUUUCGGUCAAGAUCCGAUGGUUUAUGCUAAAUAUAUCUUUCCGCUGUUUGGAAGCAGGUCGCCAGUUAUGACCAUGCCGCCAGUUCCGCUCAAACGAAAUCGAGAAGUGACCCUACCGGAAGGGUAUUGUGCAUUUGAGUUUGCUGCUCUGUACGAUGAACUCAACCAGCGCCUGAGUGUUACUCCGUUGAUCGUCGAACUAUUUAACCGCCAGCGGAGUGUAAAGGGAUCUGAUGAACUUCUCGCCCGCGCGGUAAUUCACCCGGAUAUCGUGCUCAGCUCCCCCUUGAGAAAUGAGUGUGGAACAACAGUACGAAGAUAUUAUGGCACAUGUGACUUAAUAUUGGCUCGAACUCUAAGCGAAACGGACCUGCGCAAUCCCCAGGGAGAUCGAGGAAAGCAAGUUGGCCAGCUGAAUUUUGGCUUAGUUCUAGAAGACUAUGGCCAUCAUGUCACUUCGACAUCCACCGUACCUUCACGAGGAGAGGAAGCAGACCUUGGCGAUUUGAAGCCUUCGGUGUCCAAAACAGACAUUCGAUCCACUGCCGAGUACCAGACUGCAUUCGAACUGGAGUUGUGGCGAGCAACAGAGGAAACAAAGUUUCAAACUCGCCUGAAGCAGCGAGAACAGCAACUUAUGGCAGCGUUUGCUGAAGAAUGGCACAAACGAGACUCCGAGCGCGAAUUGCUGUGUCGUAAGAAGCUUUCUGAAUAUCGAUCGCUUGAAGAGAAGUUACGUGCGACUUUGGCCGAGUUGGCGGCUAGAGAGUGCCAGUUAGCAGCUGGGGAAGCUGAACUGGUAAGACUUCGUCAAGAUAUCUUGUCGGAAGCGGAAUUACAGCGAAAACAGCUUGCACAACAGUCCGAAGUCCAGGUUCGUGAUCUGGAGAGCCAACUCAAGCUGGAGCGGAGACAAAGCGCCCAUUGGAAGACAAAGGCCGAUGAGCUGCAGUCGCGGUGUGCUGAGUUGGAAAAUCAACUAUGCGAACUUCAGGGUAAAGUGGCACAGAUGCAGUUCACAAAAACCUCACCACCAAGUCUAAAACAACCAAACACGGAGGUUUCAGUCGAUGUUCAGCUGAAGAUAGCCCAGCUAACCACUGAAAUAGUUAGAAUUCGUGAAACUCUGACAGAAACAGAACGUCGCCUUGAGACUGCUGAAAAAGGUCGUGUAAGAUAUCGCCAGUUGUGUGCACGGGCGCUGCAUGAAAUCAAUCGGUUAAAGCAGGAGGCGGAGAUGAAUACACGACAGUCCCUGGCUAAACGAGAAGCAGAACUAGAGCACUUACGUGCGCGUUACCUAAACUUGGAGGAUAGAGAGCUAACAACUAGAAUAAGAAACUGGAACGGCGGUUCUCCGAUUCGGAACGGUGACGUGGCAACACGAACUUCUACAGCCAACGAGAGGGCAGACUGUGUUGUUUUUGAUCAUGCGCGGAUGGAUAUAUCAAACAAUUUCAAUACCCAAGGCCCUACACAGACAAGUUCAGCGUCCGAGAUCGCUCGAUUGAUAGCCGAACGGGACAGUUUACUGAACACCGGGGUUUACGAUGAUGACGAUCCAAUCAUAUUGAACUUGGAGAAACAAAUGCAAAGAUUGAAGGAGUGCGAUGCCUGUUGAAUCUCAAUGUACAGUUUGGCUGUGUUAAUUGCACGUGGCUGUACAAACACAUGAAUAUGGUAUUUGUUAGUUUUGAGGUUAAAUGGUGCUCGCGAGAACAGGGGUUUUAGGGCUUCCCAAUUACGGUAAGACUAGUAUACUCAUCCACUUAUGCGAGAAAAAAUGGCAAAUUGUGCAACUGUUUUCAGGUUCACAGCGCAUGAUACACUAAUUUAAAGUAACCUUCGCUUGACUGGCUGGAAAUACUCAGAUCAGUGCGAUGCAGAUAUGUUAAUAAAAUCUCAUCUAUCAUCUGUGGGACGAACGUGAUACAACUAACGCACCUACUUCGUUUCGUUCUCCGAUAUCUAGCGUU